AUGGGCAACUCGCAGCCUUCCCUCGACCUUCAGAACAAGGAAAAAAAGCCUGACGCCGACGAAGCUCCGGCUGCGCCGCGUCUGUACCCAGAUCUCCAGAAUGGUUUACCAGAGCAGCCUCAAUUUGGGAGGCCAUCAAUGCCGGGAGCGUCGCCACAGCCAUAUGCGAGAACACAGCCGCUCAUGCGGCCCAGCACGAGUGCCAAUACAUCAGCUCCACGACAAGUGAGCGGGAGUCACCAACAAGACAAAUAUUCAAACCUUUUUGUGUCGGCGAAGAGACCGCAGCAGAGACCAGAGCUACACAAACCCCAUGUGGUCGCAAAUCCUCUGCAAACACUCAAAGAUGGUGGACAACCUCCUAAACCCGCUUCCUCCCGCCCUUCUUACGACGAAGACGAUUUCUACGGGAUCUCUAAACCUGCGAACUUCCCUGCGUGGAGGCCGCCGGCUGUUGUCCAACCCACAUUUUCGUCUCAACAACCUCCAAACCCAUAUUUCCGGCCAAGUAUGAUGGAUCUUACCCAGAACAAUCCCAUCAUGGCUCGUCCAGUGAACCCUUCGAACCACGAUAUGUUCCGAACGGAGAGACACGAAACGACAGACCCUUUCACGUACAUGAACUCCAGCCAGGCCAGUGAAAGCAUAAAAGCUCUACUUGAAGGUGCAUUUGAAGACGAAGAGGACAAACCAAGAACGAGGCGGAGAAAGAAGGAGCUCGACAAAAAGAUCGGCGAUUUGGCAGACAUGGUUAAGGAUAUGUCGGUCAACAGUGAGGACAAAAGUGAAUUGGCCAAAGAGGAAGCAGAGGAAGAAGACGACGGUACCGUCCCGGGAUUGAAAGUCAAGCUCUUGCCACAUCAAAUUGACGGCGUCGAUUGGAUGGUGAGUAAAGAAAUUGGCAAGAAUAGAACCUACGGUGGCAUCCUUGCCGACGAUAUGGGACUGGGAAAGACGAUCCAGUCGAUCGCUCUCAUCCUGAGUAAUCCAAAGCCCAGUGGUGAAGCGCCGGAGAAGAGCAAGCGGAAGUUGGCUGAAGGUGUCACAAAAGGCACACUUGUCGUCGCGCCGUUGGCGUUAAUCAGACAGUGGGAAGGAGAACUCAAGGAUCGCAUUGACGAAGACCAUCCUCUCAAAAUCUGUGUACACCAUGGGCCUCAGAGAACCAAAAGCUACAAGGAUCUGAAGAAGUACGAUGUCGUCAUCACAACUUACCAGACACUGUCAUCAGAGCAUGCUGGAUGUUCAGAGUCCCUCAAAGUCGGAUGUUUCGGUGUCCAUUGGUAUAGGAUCAUCCUGGAUGAGGCCCACUCGAUCAAGAAUCGCAAUGCGAAAGCUUCCAAGGCUGCUUGUGCUCUUGAUGCUGCAUACCGCUGGUGUUUGACCGGGACCCCGAUGCAGAACGGUCUCGAUGAGCUCCAAAGCCUCAUUCACUUUCUUCGUAUCAAGCCUUACUGCGAUCUCAAUGAGUGGCGCGAGAAUAUCACCAAACCCAUGAACAAUGGAAGGGGAGGUCUUGCAGUUAAGAGACUGAGACUUAUCCUAAAGAGCUUCAUGAAGCGAAGGACGAAAGAUAUUCUCAAACAAGAGCACUCCAAUGAUGGCGCUAAAGGAGAAGCGACUACAAAAGGCAAAGAUCCCGGGUUCAAGAUAGUGGCACGAACUGUUCACAAUGUUGAAGCCGAAUUUACAGAGCAAGAGCAAGAGUUCUAUAACCGCCUGGAGUCGAGAACCGAUAGAAGCCUUGAAAUGAUGAUGGCUGGAAACAAAAUGAGUUAUGCGUCGGCAUUGGUCCUGCUCAUGCGGCUACGACAAGCGUGCAACCAUCCAAAGCUCACAGGAAGUGACUUGAGCACCGAGACUGACGCGUCCAGUGGCAUGGAAACACCAAGUCGCAGAAAGGCCAGUGUGGAAGAUGACAUGGAUAGUAUUGCCAACAUGCUUGGUGGCCUUAGCGUGGAGACCAAGAGAUGCGAUAUGUGUCAGAUUGAGUUGACGUCGAGAGAGAUUGCCAAAGGUGCCAUUCGUUGUGCUGAAUGCCAGGAGGACUUGGACAACCAGACGGAUUAUGUGAAGGAGAUUAAGAAGACGAAGAAGGAGAAAAGACAGAAGCAAGAGCAAAAGACAGUCAAAGUGCAACGCAGGCAAGCAAGGCGCGUUGUGGAGGAUAGUGAUGACGACGAAGAUGGUGGCGAGAAGAACGAAGACGACGAUGAAGACUCCUCCUCUAUCGACGGUGACGAGGACGAGGACGAGGACUAUUCCUCAUCUGACGAUUCUAGCUCCUCACAACCCACGUUGCUCCAGUCCACCAAAAUCCGCCAGCUCCUCUCCAUCCUGCGCGAAGACUCUCACACUCACAAAUAUAUCGUCUUCUCCUUCUUCACAUCUAUGCUGGAUCUGAUCGAGCCAUUUCUCCGGUCCCAUCGCAUCCGCUACGUCCGGUAUGACGGGAAGAUGCGCAACGACGCACGCGAGGCUUCCCUCAAUGCCCUCCGGACCGACCCGUCGACACGUGUCCUCCUCUGUUCUCUCCGGGCGGGAAGCUUGGGGUUGAAUCUGACCGCGGCAUCGAGAGUGGUGAUUUUAGAGCCAUUCUGGAACCCUUUUGUGGAAGAACAGGCGAUCGAUCGGGUGCAUCGACUGAAUCAGACUCAAGACGUCAAAGUGUUCAAAAUCACCAUCAAAGGCACGGUGGAGGAACGAAUACUCGAGUUGCAGGAGAAGAAGCGGGAACUCGCCAGGGCAACAAUCGAAGGCCAGGGCAAGAAGGGCGCCAUGAGACUGAACAUGCAGGAUAUGUUGAAGCUGUUUGGUCGAGAGGCAGAGUCGGAACAUCCCGUCGAUGUGCAGGAAGUCGGUAUGGGCAGAGGAAGGACGAGGGGUUUACUGGAAGGCAAUCGAGAUACGUAUUCGUCGUCCAAUCCUUCACAGACCAACGGUGGACGUGGACCUGCCGGUGGGGUGAGUGGCAGUGCAGAUGAUCGACGCGAGAAACCGCGCGUGAGCGAUGGCAAGAAGAAGACAUGGAAGGAGCAUGAAGUGUACGGGCGGAGGUGGUGA